AUGUGUCGGACGCACCCCAAAUUGAAUAAUAACUUGUUAGAGCGAGCCGAGGCGGGCGGGGGCGGCAUUGUGCGCCAAAUUGCCGCAAAUUGGGAGCAGACGCAAUCGCAACUCCAUUACCGCGCGCCUGCAUCGGAUUGGUCGACCCGCCUCGUCCCCCCCCCCCCCUCCCCCAGCUCCUCUCAACGGCGGCGAAGAAAUGAAAUUAUGCACUCCGUAAAUAAGAGCCUUUGUACGCCGUCUCAGUCGGCGACUUAUUUGAGCUGUCAGCGUCGCGGGUUAAUGGAAACGCUGACUGUCCGAGUGACGGCGCCACGCGCCGCUCCUGAGAGGCGAUGCUCUAUAAAUUGGAGGCCAGAGCGCUCGUUUCCACGCUCCGGCGUCCGUGGAAGUCAAUUAGUCCCGUGCGACCCGGACUCCGCAAUGAACUACUCGACGAAAUUUCCAUUUGUCCUAUCAUACGAUUCUCCGAGAAAAAUUGGC